GACGGCUAGUGUUUUAUUUUUCAGUGUGCUGUAUAGUUGUCUCGCGGCAAAGCGAAAAUUUUCGGUGAGGUGCGCUAAAUAGCGUGAAAAAUGCAAAAAUAUUGUAUUUUGCGUGCAUAAUCAGUGAAAAAAGUGUCUUUUGUGCAUUUGAUGAAAGAUUGUGCGCGUUAAAAAAGUGGAUUUCACAAUAUUGCGUCGCAGAGAACGCCGAACAAGGGAAGUUUUUGUCAUCUCGUGGGGCGCCCUGCCUCGAGAAGCCAUCUUGUUGCAGCUCACUUUUGGCUUAUCUCACUGUGCGAAAAUCUGCUGAAAAAACAGCGUCUCCAGCUGCUUGAGGGCGUCCUUCGGUGUGAAGUGAGAAAAAACAGAGCUGUCUCUUUGUCCGGAAGUAUUGGUGAUUAUUUCAUCACUUUGUGUUGGUGACGCUUCUCGGGGCGUUUUCCCAGGUCAAUUGCGCAGAGUGGGGCGCUCCCAGGAGGCUUUUUCUUGCCAAGGGAAAGCGUCAAACUGAUGCGUUUUUGAGGUUAGGGUCUGAGGAGGGAAAAGGACGGGCCAAAUGGAUAAGAUUCAGCCGGAAAUUGGGGAAAAUGGGAAUUUGUUGGUGCAGCAGAGUUCGAAAGAGACCUUUCCGGACACAAUGCCACUCAGAGGCUUCAGUUUCAACGGAUUCAACAUGCUGGAUCUGUCACAUCAUCUCGAAAAUGACACAGUCAUGUCCACAUCAUCCUCCACGUCCGGUGGCUUGGUGAUUGAUCACGAUGAUGGGGACAAUAAUGGUGAUGCCGCAGAAGCUGGAAGGGGUGGUUUUGCAAAGACAACCGGAAGCAAUGGAAGGACGGAUGUUUUCUCCACUCCAAAGCCCCGGAGGCGAUCGAGUGUGUGGAGUGGGGAGAAGUCCAUGGUCGUGAGCAACACAAGAGACUAUUCACAGUACUUAGGGAUGCAACAGCAACAGCAGCAGCCGCAGCAGCAGCAGAUGGUGAAAUUCAAGUGCUACAAAUGCUCAGAAUCCACCUUUUCGACUCUGCGUCAACUGAAGGAGCAUCAACAGAUGUGCCUGACCAAGGGUCAGGCAGAAAUGACAAAUGGACCAAAUGGUCGAAGGACAAAUGGGGAACAUCCCAGGGAGGGAAAAGAUGAUCCAAGUGGCAAAUGUCGCAACUCCCGGAAAGUUUUUCUCUGUUCAGCCUGUGGCACUUACUAUGAGAAUUGGAAUCUUUUUCUGCACAUGCGAGAAAUUCACCGGAAACACAUCUGUCUGCUGUGUUUGGGGAUGUUUCCGUCGGCUGAACGGUUGCAUCACCAUUUGGAGGGGAGACAUGGGAUUCUGGCCACGGACACCAGUACCGGUGAUACCCUUCGGAAUCAAUUGAAUUCUCAAAUGUUUUAUGUGAUGUGCGUGAGUUGUGAGCACAUCUUCACCGAACACGAUCAAUUUGUCCACCACAAUUGUGAUACCUACCUCCAACCGUGCGGACUGUGCAAUGUCCGGGGUUCCCAUGCUGCCAAUUGUCGGGCUAGUGUUAGUGAACUCAAGUCAAAGCGCAAUAAUGGACAGAAUGUUCAGGCAACGGCAAUUCAGGAGAAACAGCCAAAACCACCUCAAGCACCAGCAGAGCCACCAGAUCCAGUUGGAGAAAUGUGGAAGAGGUACCUGAAUGGCGAUGAAUCCAAGAUUCCACCAACGACAGAUUCUCCGGCCGAAGUGACAUCAUCCACGGUGGAAUGUGAACCGCGUCUCUUGGUGCCAAAGCUCAAGGUGAAGAUUCCCAAGGAGUAUCAGGCAAAAAUUCAAUCGCCCGAAUCAUCGUCGACCGAAGCGGAAUCGGAGGAGCAGGAAGAAUGUGAGGAGAUCAAUAAGUCAUCAGAGAUGAGUGAAGGAAUUGCUCCACAGGAAACUGCCGCCGUUGAGGAUGAAGUGAAGACAGAAGUGACGAAUCAGGAGGAAGGCAAUACGCUACAGCCGGAAGCCAUGGAAGAUGUCAAGAAGGAAGAGGAUGAGCAGGAGCCGGUCAAGGAGGAAGAAAUGUCCCAGGAUGUGUCAGAGGAGAAGAAAGAAUCACAAUCUGAAGAUGUCCCGGAGGCAAAUGAAGAGGUAAAACCUGAACCAAAAGUCGAGGAAGACGAUGAAGAUGACGAUGGUAUCCCUGUUGCCAGUGAAGAUGUUCAGACAUUCGAUUUACGCCUCAAUCAACCACUUGAUCGAAUUGACAUGGUUGAAUUGCUGAGAAUUUGUCUCAGGCAAACCAUCCCUUUUUGCUUGUACUGCAAUCAUGCCACGAGGAUUGUCGUCAAUGCCAAAUAUUUGGCAAUGCAUCUGAUUGCCAUGCAUCGAUUUGCCGCCACAGUUGACAGUAUAACGGCAGAAGAAUUGCUGCCGGAGACAAUUGUGGCACGUGUUAAGAAGAGUCUGGAGGAAUUGGAUGGGAUUUAUGUGAAUUUGGAGACAUUUGAUAGUCGUGAGGGGCAAGAGAAGGCACUGGUGAAGGUGUGCGAUCGGACUUUUUGUUGUUUUCAGUGUCGAAUAACGGCAAAAAUCCACAAGGAUUUGUAUCAACACAACAGGAAGAUGCACAUGAAGACGGUGAUAUUGUGUUUGAUGUGUAAGUCAGCGUUGUACAGUUACAGUGAAUUGCUGUAUCAUAUGUGUCCGGGUUUCACGAGUACGGAGGCUGAAUUGAAAUUUCGUUGUGGUUUCUGUAGUUUACACAGUAUCCCAUCGGCAUUUCGGUUGAUGGUGCACCUGAGGAAGAAGCAUGGUGUUUGUGAGAUAUGUCUUGAGGAUUGUGGGGAUCAGUUUAAGCUUUCGAAUCAUGUUUGGAAGCAUAAAUUGCAGCAUUUAUGCUUUCGAUGUGGCAUUGUGUACAGGAAUAAGCCAGAUAUUACGAAUCAUCUGUUCUGGAAGCAUGGCACGGAGAGUGUGACGUGUAAGAAGUGUUUGCAGAAAAAAUGGCCAUUGGUCUAUCAUUUUUGUAUUCCUCCGGCACAAUUUUCCUGUGAACACUGUUCACAGAUUUUCACGCGAGCGGUUUCCCUGACGGUUCAUCGGAGAGUGCAUACGGGAGAUUUUAAGUAUCCGUGCGAAGAGGAAGGAUGCGAUAAGAAAUUCAUCUCGAAGAAACUCCUGGAGAAACAUGUCUUGAAGCAUAGUCAAUUUAUUCCUGAUGAACCGAUUUUUAUAAAGGCUGAGGAGAAAAUGGAAGUCCCGGAGGACAAAAUCCCAUCGCCAAUGGACACCCAGCCGGUCGAUGGGGCAGAAAAGAGUGAAAAGGGCGAGAGGAAGGCAAAAAAGUCGAAAUCUUCCAAGAAAGAUGGAGAUUUGAAGAAGUUGGAAUUGAUGGAUAUUGAUUUGCCGGCGCCGAAUUUGUCAGAAAGUGACAGUGAUAUGGAUAUUGACCGGGAAGAUUCCCAGGAUACCUCUAGAAAGCCCCAAGAACAGCUUCCGGACGUCCAAUCCUCCCUUUCAGUUGAACCUCAAUCAACUGCCCAGAGCAAUUCCCAACUGCAAAUCCCGAUGGAAGUUGAGGAAGAGGAUGAGGAGAAAGCAGCUCCAGUUGAGGAUAUUUGGGAGAAUUUCAAGACCUACCAGACCCUGCAGCAACAAGCCAGUCGCGUGGAGGAUGGACCAGAAAAAGACAAUCCCGAAGAAGAUGCAGAGGCAUCUGUGCCAUUUUUGCACGUUUCCCAGAGUGAUCACGAUUACUGUUCCAUCUAUCGGGUGUCCGGAAAGGCAAAAGUACCGAAAGAAGAGCCCCCUGCCCAAGAGCAACAUCACAAAAAAGAAGAAGAAAAACCAACAGAUCCCGAAAAGUCUGACAAUUCGAGUGACACGAGCAGUGGAUCAGAUUCAAGUUGCACCUGUGAAUCAAAUUGUAGUUGUUCCAGUUCAAGUUCAUCCGGUAGUUCAACAUCAUCGUCCAGUAGCAGCGAUGACGAUCAACAGAAGCAGCAACAUUCGCCAGAAAGGCGGAAAAAGCACAUCAAAAAACGCGAUAAAGCUGGCAAGGAAGUCAAGGAGGAGGAGGAUGAGGCAAAGAAUAAUGGUGAUGUAAUCGAUGUGGUGACAGUGGAAAAGGGAAAUGGUCAGGAGGGUGAUGAAAACUUUGAAGUAUUCUACGAAUCGGAUUUAGUGACAGAAGAAUCGGAUACCGAUGAAGAUUUCUACGAUGAACAUCCACAGAAGAUUGCAAGGGAGAUGAUGAUGGCGUGGAAUAGGAAAUUCGACGGAGAGUCAAGGGAUGAUGGUGGUUUGGCGGGAGAUGAAGCAGAAGAAGAACCACCGACUCCAGCGGCACCGGUGAAGAGGGAAAAGCAGCAGAAGGUGAAGCGCAAGAAGAGGGACAAGAAGCAUCAGAAACUUCCACCGCUGAAGCUGACACUUCAGAGUGUUCAGGUUAAGAGUCCAGUGGCGCCAAUUUUAACCGCUGCACUGACCUCUUCGACGCCCCUGGUUAGUAGUAGCCUGCCAAUGACACCGCUGAGUGCCAGCUUGAGCAAUGGCGAGGAUACUCCGUCUGGGGUUAAGAGGAGCAAAAGACGAAGGAUUCCCAACAAAUUCUAUGGCUAUUCGAGCGAUGAAGAUGGUCCGAGUGGAUCAAAUUCCAAUUCGCAGCAUCCAACGACGGUUGUGCUGAAGCCAACGCCUCCGCCGAAUUUGGUGUGGAGGAAGGAGGAUUUGCCCCAAACCACUGUCAAAUCCCGAUCACCUGGCUUUCAGUCUCUGCUGAUGGCCAAGAAAUCCUCCCCUAGUAGUGAUUUUUCCACCUACAAUGUCCAACCUCCGGCUCAACUCCCACCUCAGAUAUUCGCUUCCACGUCCCCAGCCCAGGCUCCUGUCCAGCCUCUGAGGCUGCCCCUGCCUCCGGUUGUCCCAGUCAAUCGAUCGUAUUCGGAUCUGGCGGAAGUUCAGGGCAGUGGGGAGGCGCCCAUGUCAGCUGGUUCGGAUGAUGAUGAAGAUGAGGAUGAGAGUGAAUCCAGCGAUGCUAGUCAUCUGGAGAUCCGUGAUGCAGCUCCCCCAGCUCCCAUUAGAAUCUCCCUGGCUGGUCGGCAGGGUCCCACACUGGCCAUGGGAUCUCCACGGAAACAGCCCGGAGGACCAGAUGAGAAGGCGUCAGACAAUGUUUACUGCUACUGCAGGUGUCCGUAUGAUGAAGUGUCCGAGAUGAUUGCCUGCGACGGAGAGAAUUGUGCCAUUGAGUGGUUCCAUUUUGAGUGCGUGGGCAUAAUGGUUCCGCCUGUGGGCAAAUGGUACUGUCCGCAGUGCAAGCUGAAGCAACAGGAUGCAGCAGCUGGGUACUACUGAGAUGCGCUGAGGUAAUACACUUUAAUUCUUGUUUGCAGCGAUGCUGUUUCAUUGUUCAGGACAUGAAUAUAUUGUAUCAAUGUAUAAAUUUAAUGUGAUAAUGCAUUACAAUUAGUGAGAUGAUUAAUUAAAACAAAAAAUAAUGACUUAGUAAUGUAAUUGCAAAUAAAAUAGUUGUAAAUUGAAAA